UCUCCUCGCGGCGGCGGUGCUGAACAAGAUGGCUGUGCGUCGCGUUACGAGCGGCUGAAAAAACAGCGCUAAUAAUCACACACAGCCCAACUAACAGCGGUUCACGUCGAGAAGGUGGCUAAAAACACCCCCGAGUCAAGUAAUCUGGGCGAUUCGGAAUAGCAGCUGCUGUUGUUUUUGUAUAUUUUAGGGUAGAGUUUGAUAACGGGAAGGGGAGUUUCUCAACGUAAAAAAAAAAUCCGUAAAUCGUUUUAAUAACAGUUUUAUUAUCUAAAAUAAGGCAAAAGGGCGAGGAUAAUAAUUGAUAAAGAGAUGUCACUGCUGUGUGUUGGAGUGAAGAAAGCCAAGCUCGAUGGACCGCAAGAGAAAUUCAACACGUAUGUGUCACUGAAGGUUCAGAACGUGAAAAGCACCACCAUAACCGUGCGCGGCAGUCAGCCAUGUUGGGAACAGGACUUCAUGUUUGAGAUUAACAGGCUGGAUCUGGGCCUGACAGUGGAGGUAUGGAACAAAGGACUGAUCUGGGACACCAUGGUUGGCACAUUGUGGAUCCCUUUGCGCAGCAUUCGACAGUCGAACGAGGAAGGUCCAGGACAAUGGCUGACUUUAGACUCCCAGGUCAUUAUGGCUGAGAAUGAGAUCUGUGGCACCAAAGAUCCCACGUUCCAUCGAGUGCUUUUGGAUACACGUUUCGAACUGCCAUUAGAUAUACCGGAGGAGGAAGCUCGAUACUGGGCCAAGAAAUUGGAGCAGCUCAAUGCCAUGAGGGACCAAGAUUACACAUACCAGGAGGAACACGAGAGACCACUUUCAAUGCCAUCAACUCAGUGCUGUAACUGGAGUCUAUGGGGGGACCAGCAAAAUGACGAUCCAGACAGUGCUGUGGACGAUCGAGACAGUGAUUACCGCAGCGAAACCAGCAACAGCAUCCCGCCUCCAUUCUACACCACUUCUCAGCCCAACGCAUCCAUGCACCAAUACCCCAUCCGUCACAUGCACCAUGGCUCCCGCUACAACGACAUGCAUGACUACGACUAUGAUAACCAGAGACCCAUUAGACGCUAUGAUAGUUUAGACUCCGCCACCAACGACCGCAGCGAUCUCGAUUCGGCUUCUGGCUCAAGCAGGCGGACCAGCCGCCAGUACUCCUUAGACAGUAGGCACUCGCUCUCUGAUAGCCCCACCGGCAGUAGUCGCUAUGCCUCCUCGGGUGAGCUGAGCCGCGGCAGCUCCCAACUCAGUGAGGAGUUUGGCCCAGAGGAUGGUGAGAGCUUCCGAGGUUCCGGAGAGUUCUACGACGAGAAUGACUCCUACCAUUCCUGUCAUUCCUCCGUUAGCUGUGGUAAAGACUCACCUGGUUGGGAUCCAGAUGAGCCGCAGGGCGUCUACAGUGAUGAUGGGGAGUAUAACAAAGAUGGAGGUGAAGAAGGUGCACUCUAUGAUGAAGAGAAUGUUGAGAUCUAUGAGCAGGAGGAAGGGGAGUAUCCCUAUGAGGAAGAAGAGGAAGGAAUGGUGUAUGAAGAGGAUGAAGGUCUUUACCCACUGGAUGGUACUCUCAGUGAAGAGCAGGAGCCACCUUACACCUCUACUCCAACCAGCACUGCCCCAACAUUGGCUCCUGAGGCCCCAACCAGCCGUCCACCACUGGAGAAACAGGCUUCCAUGCACCAGCAACAGCCACCACAAUCCCAACCACCAUUCCAGACCAUGGAGCCUAAGCGAGAGUCACCGCCCCCACAACAGCCACAUGAUGUCUUUGCCAAGGUACCUCGUACCUCGACCCCACCGCGAGUCUCAGAGUUGGAGCCUGAGCAGGUCCCAACACCUGCAGGCAAGCUGGCAGCCCCUUCGGAGGAACCUUUGCCUACCCCUGCUACCGAGGUCCUGCCUGAAGCAGAACAAGAAAAGAAAGAGGCUCCUCCAGAGAGCACACCAAAGCUGGAGCCACCUGUGGACCCUGCAGUAAGGGCCAAAGCCAACUGGCUGCGACUCUUCAACAGGGUUCGCCUUCAGCUUCAGGAGGCUCGAGGCGAGACUCCAGGACUUGCGUCACUCUUUUUGCAAGCAGGGCCUGGAGGUGCUCUUUACAGCAUAGACAGCAUGCCUGACUUACGCAAGAGGAAAGCCAUCCCUCUCGUCCGAGACCUGGCAAUGUCUCUUGUCCAGAACUCUCGAAAAGCAGGCAUCACUUCUACUAUGGCCUCCAGCACACUUAACAAUGAAGAACUGAAGAGUCACGUCUAUAAGAAGACCCUGCAGGCUUUGAUCUACCCCAUUUCCUGUACUACACCACACAACUUUGAGGUGUGGACGGCCACCACCCCCACCUACUGCUACGAGUGCGAGGGGCUUCUGUGGGGCAUCGCUCGACAGGGCAUGCGCUGCACCGAGUGUGGGGUCAAGUGUCACGAGAAGUGUCAAGAUUUGCUUAAUGCCGAUUGUUUACAGAGGGCGGCGGAGAAGAGCUCUAAGCAUGGAGCUGAGGAUCGCACGCAGAACAUCAUCAUGGUGUUGAAAGACCGCAUGAAGAUCCGUGAACGCAACAAGCCUGAGAUAUUCGAGCUGAUUCAGGAUGUGUUUGGAGUCAUCAAGGCAACACACGUGGCGCAGAUGAAGCAGAUCAAGCAAAGCGUCCUGGACGGGACGUCCAAGUGGUCAGCCAAGAUCAGCAUCACCGUAUUAUGUGCCCAGGGCCUGCAGGCAAAGGACAAAACCGGCUCCAGCGAUCCUUAUGUUACGGUGCAAGUAGGCAAGACCAAGAAACGAACCAAGACCAUCUACGGCAACCUCAAUCCUGUAUGGGAUGAGAGCUUCAAUUUUGAGUGUCACAACUCUUCCGAUCGGAUCAAAGUGCGCGUUUGGGACGAGGAUGACGAUAUUAAGUCCAGAGUAAAGCAGAAGUUCAAACGAGAGUCUGACGAUUUCCUCGGUCAGACUAUCAUCGAGGUUCGAACUCUGAGCGGAGAAAUGGACGUCUGGUACAACCUGGACAAGCGUACAGACAAGUCUGCUGUAUCUGGAGCCAUUCGUAUGCACAUCAGUGUGGAGAUCAAAGGAGAGGAAACUGUAGCUCCGUACCACGUCCAGUACACUUGCUUGCACGAGAACCUUUUCCACUAUCUAACGGACAUCCAGAACAACGGGGUGGUGAAGAUACCAGAUGCCAAGGGUGAUGACGCAUGGAAGGUUUACUUCGAAGAGACGCCCCAAGAAAUCGUCGACGAGUUUGCCAUGCGUUACGGAGUGGAGUCCAUUUAUCAAGCCAUGACACACUUCGCCUGUUUGUCAUCAAAGUACAUGUGUCCUGGAGUGCCUGCGGUCAUGAGCACCCUACUGGCCAACAUCAACGCUUACUACGCUCACACAACCCAGGCCACCAACAAUGUGUCUGCUUCUGACCGUUUCGCUGCCUCCAACUUUGGGAAAGAGCGAUUUGUCAAGCUUCUGGACCAGCUUCACAACUCCCUGAGGAUUGACCUCUCUAUGUACAGGAAUAAUUUCCCAGCUAGCAGUCCUGAGAGACUGCAGGACCUCAAGUCUACUGUGGACCUACUAACCAGUAUCACAUUCUUCAGGAUGAAGGUCCAAGAGCUCCAGAGUCCUCCUCGUGCCAGCCAGGUAGUGAAGGACUGUGUGAAGGCUUGCCUCAACUCUACCUACGAAUACAUUUUCAACAACUGCCACGAGCUGUAUAGUCGAGAAUACCAAACAGACCCGAGCAAAAAAGGAGAGGUUCCUCCAGACGAACAAGGUCCAAGUAUCAAGAAUCUAGACUUCUGGUCUAAGCUAAUCACCCUCAUUGUCUCAAUUAUUGAAGAGGACAAGAACUCCUACACCCCCUGCCUUAACCAGUUUCCACAGGAGCUCAAUGUCGGAAAGAUCAGUGCAGAGGUUAUGUGGAACCUGUUUGCCCAAGAUAUGAAGUACGCAAUGGAAGAGCAUGAAAAGAACCGCCUGUGCAAGAGUGCCGAUUACAUGAACCUGCACUUCAAAGUAAAGUGGCUCUACAAUGAAUACUGCAAAGACCUGCCUUUCUUCAAGAGCCGCGUGCCUGAAUAUCCCACGUGGUUCGAGCCAUUUGUCAUCCAGUGGUUGGAUGAGAAUGAAGAGGUGUCUCGAGACUUUUUGCACGGAGCCCUGGAGCGCGACAAGAAAGAUGGGUAUCAGCAAACUUCAGAGCACGCUCUCUUCUCCUGUUCGGUAGUGGACGUCUUCUCGCAGCUUAACCAGAGCUUCGAGAUCAUUAAGAAGCUGGAGUGUCCAGACCCACAGAUCGUCGGACACUACAUGAAGAGAUUUGCCAAGACCAUUAGCAAUGUUCUGCUGUCUUAUGCGGAUAUUAUCUCAAGAGACUUCCCCAACCACUGCACAAAGGAGAAAGUGAAUGCAAAGGAUGGUGCUGUCAAGCCAUGCAUCCUCAUCAAUAAUAUCCAACAGCUCAGGGUACAGCUUGAGAAGAUGUUUGAGGCCAUGGGUGGUAAAGAUUUGAACGUUGAAGCUAGCGACAUCUUGAAAGAACUCCAGGUGAAGCUCAACAAUGUUUUGGAUGACCUUGCAAGGAUCUUUGCCACCAGUUUCCAACCAAACAUUGAAGAAAAUGUCAAGCAGAUGGGUGACAUACUUAGCCAGGUGAAGGGGACAGGAAACGUGCCAGCAAGUGCUUGCAGCAGCGUGGCACAGGAUGCCGACAACGUCCUCCAGCCCAUCAUGGACUUCCUUGACAGCAAUCUCACGCUGUUUGCCAAGAUCUGUGAGAAGACAGUGUUGAAGCGAGUGCUGAAGGAGCUUUGGAAGCUGGUGAUGAACACAAUGGAGAAGACAAUUGUUCUGCCACCUUUGACUGACCAAACGAUGAUAGGCAGGGUGAAGCUUGCUUGUCACAGUGAUGGCACUCAACUUAUAUUCAAUGCAGCCAAGGAACUUGGUCAGCUCUCCAAGUUGAAGGAGCACAUGGUUCGUGAAGAGGCCAAGGCACUGUCCCCUAAACAGUGCGCAGUGAUUGAGUUAGCACUGGAUACUAUAAAGCAAUACUUCCAUGCUGGAGGUGUAGGGCUGAAGAAGAUGUUCCUGGAGAAAAGUCCAGACCUGCAGUCUCUGCACUACGCCCUGUCCCUCUACACUCAGGCCACUGACAAACUCAUCAAGACCUUCGUUCAGUCCCAGAAUACACAAGUUCAUGGAGGGAAGGGGGUAAGGUUCACCCAUAGUGAAGACGUGUACCCAGAGCAGGGUACUGGUGUUGAUGAUGCAGUUGGAGAGGUGUCUAUCCAUGUGGAGAUCUUCACUCAUCCAAAUACUGGAGAGCACAAAGUCACAGUGAAGGUGGUGGCUGCGAAUGACCUACGGUGGCAGACUUCUGGAAUUUUCCGGCCCUUCGUGGAGGUCUACAUCAUUGGCCCCCAUCUCAGUGAUAAGAAAAGAAAGUAUGCCACCAAGUCCAAGAACAACAGCUGGGCUCCCAAAUACAAUGAGACCUUUACAUUCACCUUGAGUAACGAAGUGGGUCCGGAGUGCUACGAGCUGCAGGUGUGCGUGAAAGACUACUGCUUUGCGCGAGAGGACCGCACAGUUGGAAUGGCGGUACUGCAGCUGAAGGACGUAGCACCGCGGGGUAGCGUAGCAUGCUGGCUACCGCUAGGUAAACGCAUUCACAUGGACGAAACCGGCCUGACCGUACUACGAAUCCUGUCGCAGCGCAACAACGACGACGUCGCGAAAGAAUUCGUCAAGCUUAAAUCCGACCAGCGCUCUGCUGAGGAGGGGCGGAGCUAAGACCAGGAAGAAGCUAGCGAGGCACGGUAACUUUGGCGUAAACACUGCCCCCUAAUGUUCAGAUGUUGCACUAGCACAUAGAAAAAAAUACACAAGACAUAUUUAUCUUGGUUCUUCACUUUAAUGACCAACCGUUUACGUGACAAAGCAGUUAUAUAUUUGUAUUCAGUGCACUGCCAGGAAGGGCUUGUUUAACAAGCACAAUUUGGCACAUGAAACAGACACAGGACAUUGUAUCUCUUAAAUACUUGAUGUUUGUGAUGUCUUUGAUUUUUAUAAAGCAUAUAAGACAAAAACCUGCCAAAAGAUACAACACAUUUAUCUAUUUAUUCUUCAAAACAUUAAAUAUCACUAUCAAUGCACAGGUCUCAAGAUAUAAAUCC